AUGGCUUCUCCUUCUGGAACGAAUGUGCAAACUCGCCAACAUCGACCUCGAAAAAUGGGUGGAAUGUGGCAUGAAACACAAGCACACCUCAUUGGCAAGCAGCCAAAGAGCCCGGCGGCUCUCCUCGAUCUUGUUCUUCAAGCUGAAGUCAAAGCAACAUCGAGGGUGGCAACUCGAAGGCCAAACGAGCACUUGGCCUCGACGAUCAAGCAGAUUCGGCGACAAGGCGGCCUCGACGAUCAAGCAGAUUCGUCGACAAGGUGGCCUCGACGAUCAGACAGAUUCGGCGACAAGGCGGCCUCGACGAUCAAGCAGAUUCGUCGACAAGGCGGCCUCGACGAUCAAGCAGAUUCGUCGACAAGGCGGCCUCGACGAUCAGACAGAUUCGGCGACAAGGCGGCCUCGACGAUCAAGCAGAUUCGUCGACAAGGCGGCCUCGACGAUCAAGCAGAUUGGUCGACAAGGCGGCCUCGACGAUCAUACAGAUUCGGCGACAAGGCGGCCUCGACGAUCAAGCAGAUUCGUCGACAAGGUGGCCUCGACGAUCAGACAGAUUCGGCGACAAGGCGGCCUCGAC